CUCCCACCACGCCCGACGCGCCCACCCCUCCCACCGCUUCCCUCCCCCCUAGGCCCUAGUCCAGUUUCCACGCAACAACGACCACCGCGAUCAAGGCAGCCCGUUCGCCGCUCCGCCCGCCAGCCGCCGUCACCGGCAGCGAGCAUGCACCACGAUCCCAACCCCUUCGAUGAGGGCGCCGACGACAACCCCUUCUCGAAUGGAGGAGGAGGAGGUGCAGGAGCGCGUGGUGGAGGCGGCAAGUCGCAGUUCGGGUUCCGGCCGGCGGAGCCCGUCGGGUUCGGCGGCGGCAGGGGCGACGCGACCGUCGACAUCCCCCUCGACACCAUGAACGAUUCGAAGGGCAAAGCGAAGGAGCUGUCGCAGUGGGAAUCAGAUCUCAGGAGGCGAGGGGCGGAUAUCAGGAGGAGGGAGGAAGCUCUCAAGAGUGCUGGGGUGCCCAUGGAGGACAAGAACUGGCCGCCAUUCUUCCCAAUCAUCCACCACGACAUUGCCAAUGAGAUACCACCAAACGCUCAGAAGUUGCAGUAUCUUGCGUUCGCGAGCUGGCUUGGCAUAGUGCUUUGUCUCUUCUGGAAUUUUAUUGCUGUCAUUGUCUGUUGGAUCAGAGGGGGAGAUUCCAAGCUAUUUUUCCUGGCUACAAUCUAUGGUAUGCUUGGCAUCCCUUUGUCCUACUUGAUGUGGUAUAGGCCUCUCUACCGAGCAAUGAGAACUGACAGUGCUUUCAGCUUUGGAUGGUUUUUCCUAUGUUACCUGCUCCACAUUGGCUUUUGCAUAUUUGCUGCCAUUGCUCCUCCAAUUAUAUUCCGUGGAAAGUCAUUAACGGGUAUACUGGCUGCAAUUGACACCUUCUCUGAUCAUGCGAUAGUUGGGAUCUUUUACUUUGUCGGAUUUGCCUUGUUUUGCUUGGAGACACUUGUGAGCAUAUGGGUUCUUCAGGUCUGUGACUUAUCCACAUUGCAUGUUUGCCAUUCCAUCCCUUCCCUCCUAUGCAUUUUCCUUUUCUUUCUCAAUUUUCAUGGUUCGGUUAUCUCUUGGUAAUUAAUGCACGUGGGCUACAUGGGCAUUUCAAUCAAUAUAGUUGCACACUGAACUACUGGAAAUGUUCGAAUUUUAAAUCCUUAGUUCCUUUUAAAUAUAAACUUAUGUAGGAUAAGUAUCCUUUUUGUUAUCUAUGACUACCUUUAUCUCCAGGCUCUAGCUAUUCUCCUUAAAAAAAUUUAAAAAUAGGCUCCUACAUAGUUACAGUUUCUCUCAGAAAAAAUAAAUAUCGCUAUAGUUUCUACAUCUAUGAAUUUGUGGGUUCUCACAAUCACAAGCAAUUUUUGGAUGGCACAUAAGUUCCUAAUAGAGUAUCAGUGCCUUUGCUUUUCUUAGUCAGCGAAUCUGUUUCUAAUCCUUGUCUUUGUAGUUUCUAUGUUAGUUUUUCUUCAUUGUAUUUGUUUCAACAAAGGAAUGUACAAAUGUACACAAUUGAAUACACAUAUUGUCAUGAAAAAUUGAAGGUUGA